AUGUUUCAACCAAAAAGAACAUUCAGUACCAAGGAAAUGAUGUGCCAGGAACAUCAGAGGAUAGGUAUACCCCUGAAAACCGAUGGAUUGAGCAUUAACACUCCACUCUACGAUCCAACCAGCAGAGACCCGCAAACGACAUCCCCCCUGGACCCCUCCACAGACAUCUCCACCAUCCCUGAUGAAACACUACUCGACCUUCUCGGGAGUGCUCCCGUCCUCUACGACAUCUCUGGAGCCCGUGUUAUCCGGAUCUCACGCACAUUGAUACCGAAAAGCGGAGCUUAUACCCGUCCCGGCGAGGCAGCUUUAUUGGACUUCGUUCGCGAAAACCCAUCAAUACCCGUACCCAAAGUGCACCGCGUCAUCAACAUUGAGAGCGGGAAUGGAUACUACAGACCCGAGUGCGUUAUCGCGAUGGACUUCAUCGAAGGGCUACCCGUGGAAGAAAUCUGGGAUACUUCAAGUGACACGCAGCGGGAAGAUACCAUCUCACAAGUCACAUCAAUGAUCUAUCCCGUGGGGAUGGAUGUCGCGACGACUUUGGUGAUGGAUCGGUUUAGAGCGCCGCUGUCUCCAGAUCUCUUGCUCGAGAAGAUCACAAGCCAUGAGAGAUUGUGGAGAAGUUUCAGUGGGAUCAUGUGUGGGUUGACGACGGCUCAGUUUACUUAGCAUUGACUACGGGGUUCCCAUAUACAAGGCCAGUUCACGCGUUGAAUUGCUUUCUGCGCCCGCAAGUUGUAUAGAAGGCGAGCGCUUCCGAAAUUCGUAUUUUCUGUCUUAACGUUUAAAGGCUACGAG